UCUAUAUAUAUUGAAUUAAGACAUCUUUGAGAUUACAACUAAGGCUUGCAAAGUGUUGAAGAACUUCAUUAGUUUGAGUUGAAACCCGAAAGGAAGUGCUCUUGAAGAUUUUAUAACAAUUCUAUUUCACUUGUCAACAGAGAAUAUGUACUACCAUCAACAUCAAGAAGCAAGGAACAUGCAUGCUUUAAGGAUGCAAAUGCAAGAAAGAGGAAAUGGAAGUAUAGAUACUGGACUUGUUCUCUCAACUGAUGCUAAGCCAAGACUAAAAUGGACACCGGACCUUCAUGAACGUUUCAUUGAAGCCGUCACUCAACUUGGAGGAGCAGAUAAAGCUACACCAAAAACAGUAUUGAAACUUAUGGGAAUUCCUGGACUUACAUUAUAUCAUUUAAAGAGUCACCUACAGAAGUAUAGGAUCAGUAAGAGUACAAAUGGACAAACUAAUACUUUCAACAAUAAAAUUGUAGCAACACCAACCAUAGAAGUGGAAAGCAGAAUGCCAGCAUCAAGUGGAAUUCAUAUGAAAGAUUUAAGCAUAGGACUCCAAACAAACAAAAAUUCAGAUAUAAAUGAAGCAUUGAAUAUGCAAAUUGAAGUGCAAAGAAGACUACACGAGCAACUCGAGGUACAACGACACUUACAACUACGAAUAGAGGCUCAAGGAAAGUACCUUCAUUCAGUGCUUGAAAAAGCCAAGGAAACAUUAGGAAAACAAAACCUAGGUACUAUGGGACUUGAUGCUGCAAAGGUUCAACUAUCUGAGUUAGCAUCAAGAGUAUCCAAUGAAAGUCUUGAUUCUAGGUUUUCACAAAUAAAAGAAUUGAAUAUGAUUUUGCCUCAACAAACUCUAGAAGGUGAAGCCAUUGAUUAUUCAAUGGGAAGUUUCUUAGCCAAUAGUGAGGAUGCUCAAAGAGACCAAAAAAUGAAUAACAAUGGCAUGAAUUUGAGAGCAUAUAAUGGCACAUUUUGUGAUGAAAAGAAGGAGAAUAUGAUGUUUCUUUCCUCAUCAAAUGAUAAAGUAUUAAAGGGACCGAACGGAGUAUCAGGAAAUACUUCUAGCCUCUUAUCCAUGAAUAUAGGAAGAGUUCAUGAAGAAGAAUUUAUUUUGAGGAGAACUAUUUCAAAGGAAGAUUUAAAGGGUGAAGAAGGGAAAAGAAGAAAAAGUAAUGAAACUAGUGGAAUGCAACUUAAACUUAAUAGUGAAAAAAUUUCUCAAGAUUAUAGACUAGCUAACUUUGAAGUGAAACUAGACUUGAAUUCUCAUGAUAACAAUGAUGCUUCUUCUCACUGCCAAAAAAUUGAUUUGAAUGGUUUCAGCUGGAAUUGCUAGGACUUUUAGAUGGAAUUGCAUCUUAUUUUGGAGUAUGUCACUUGUAACACAUUCGAUAAUAACUUUGUUGAACAAAAUAAAUAAUUCUCCAUUCAA